AUGAGCGAAAGAAAGGCUAUAAAUAAAUACUAUGGUAACUCAAACAAUUAUGAUCCAAUUUCAAUGGAAUCCAAAUUGAAAAAACAAGCCAAGCAUUUAAAAACUUUAAGCAAGAAACAGACUACGAUCAGGUUGAUGACACCAUUCAGCAUAACAUGUAAUAAAUGUAACACGUACAUCUCUAAAUUUAAAAAGUUUAACGGUAAAAAAGAAACCUUGGAACAGAAAUAUUUAAAUAAGGUCAAAAUAUAUAGAUUAAGUAUUAAAUGCCCCAGUUGUAAUAACAUGAUUAGUUUCAGGACUGAUCCUGCGAGUGCUGAUUAUGUUAUGGAGGAAGGAGCCACAAGAAAUUUUCAGUCGGAUAAGAAUAAUAAAAUUAACAACCCUGAUACAAAGAACGACACAAUAGAUGAUAUUUUAGAAAAGUUAUUGGCUGAAGAAGAAAGAGAAAGUCAAGAUAAUGGUGCCAAUAACGCAAGUGUUAGUACUAUGGAUAAGAUGGAAGAGAUUGAAAAUAAAUUGAGUAAAAUACAAAAAGAACAAGAAGACGAUGCAAUAUUGGAAAGCUUACAAAUGGAAAGCAGGCUGAGAAUGGAAAAGGAAAGAGAUUUAUUGUCUUCUGGAAAUAUCACUAAGGAUAAUACAGAUGAUGAAAGGAUAGUUGAACAGGCUUUUAGGGAACAUUAUGCUAAUGGUGGUGACGAAGAUGACGGUGGUGUUGUUGAACACGCUGCCAAAAGCAGUGUUAUUAAAUUUAAAAAAAAGAAAAAGUGUAGGACUAAAAUUGUCAUUUAA